AUGGAGCAGCUGGAGAGCGAGGUGCCGCCACUGCCGCUGCGCUUCCGCUUCCGGGACCUGCUGCUCGGGGACCAGAGCUUCCAGAACGAUGACAGGGUGCAGGUCGAGUUUUACGUGAAUGAAAACACCUUCAAGGAGCAACUGAAGCUUUUCUUCAUCAAAAAUCAAAGAUCGAGCCUCAGGAUCCGAGUGUUCAACUUCUCCCUGAAGCUGCUCACUUGUCUGCUCUACAUCAUCAGAGUGGUCACGGACAACCCCGGUCAGGGCGGCAGCCACAGCCUGAUCUUCUGGGUGGACAGAAAGGUUCCUGUCUGGGCCAUUCAAGUGAUUGUGGCCAUAAUAAGUUUCCUGGAGACUAUGUUACUAAUGUAUCUGAGCUACAAGGGAAACAUUUGGGAGCAGACAUUCCAGGUGUCCUUUCUUCUGGAGAUGAUCAACACAGUCCCCUUCAUCAUUACAAUCUUUUGGCCGUCCAUACGGAACAUCUUCAUCCCCGUGUUCCUCAACUGCUGGCUCGCCAAAUGUGCUCUGGAGAACAUGAUCAAUGAUGUGCACAGAGCCAUCCAGAGGACCAACUCAGCCAUGUUCAACCAGGUCCUUAUUCUCAUCUGCACCUUGCUCUGCCUGGUCUUCACUGGCACUUGCGGAAUCCAGCACCUGGAGCGAGCGGGCAAGAACCUCUCCCUCUUCAACGCCUUCUACUUCUGCAUCGUCACCUUCUCCACCGUGGGCUUCGGAGACGUCACCCCCCGCAUAUGGCCCUCCCAGCUGCUGGUGGUCAUCAUGAUCUGUGUGGCGCUGGUGGUGCUGCCUCUUCAGUUCGAGCAGCUGAUCUACCUCUGGAUGGAGAGACAGAAGUCUGGAGGGAAUUACAGCCGCCACAGGGCGCAGACAGAGAAGCAUGUCGUACUGUGCGUCAGCGCACUCAAAAUAGACCUGCUCAUGGAUUUUCUCAAUGAGUUCUAUGCCCACCCAAGACUGCAGGAUUACUACGUGGUGAUCCUGUGCCCAAGUGAAAUGGAUCUUCAGGUGCGCAGAGUUCUGCAGAUCCCUCUGUGGUCCCAAAGAGUCAUCUACCUGCAGGGAUCCGUUCUCAAAGACCAGGAUCUGCUGAGAGCCAAGAUGGACGACGCCGAGGCUUGUUUCAUUCUGAGCAGUCGUAACGAGGUAGAUCGCAUGGCUGCGGACCAUCAGACCAUCCUGAGAGCCUGGGCCGUGAAGGACUUUGCUCCAAACUGUCCCCUGUACGUCCAAAUACUCAAACCUGAGAAUAAGUUCCAUGUUAAAUUUGCAGAUCAUGUUGUUUGUGAGGAGGAGUUCAAGUACGCCAUGUUGGCUCUCAACUGUGUUUGUCCCGCCACCUCCACCUUGGUCACGCUCCUCGUUCACACCUCCCGUGGACGCGAAGGACAACAGUCUCCUGAGCACUGGCAGAGGAUGUACGGCUGUUGUUCCGGCAACGAGGUCUACCACAUCCGACUGUGCGACAGCAAGUUCUUUGGAGAGUAUAACGGCAAAAGCUUCACAUAUGCCUCCUUUCAUGCUCACAAGAAGUAUGGCGUGUGUCUGAUUGGUAUAAAGAGGGAAGAGAACAAGAGCAUCCUGCUGAACCCCGGCCCACGUCACAUAAUGGCUGACACCGACACCUGCUACUACAUCAACAUCACCAAGGAGGAGAACUCAGCCUUCAUCUUUAAACAGGAGGAGAGGAAGGGCUGCCCCGCCGGGGGGAUCUUCGACGGGCCCUCGCAGCUUCCUGUGCACAGCAUCAUCGCCAGCAUGGGCACUGUUGCCAUGGAUCUUCAGAAUACGAGUCCACCCGACAGCUCAGUUGGUAAACUGGUCCCACCCAGUGUAAACGGGGCAGGGAGCCGCCGGCCCAGCAUCGCUCCGGUCCAGGAGCUUGCCGACUCCUCCUCACUCCUGCCGUGUGACCUCCUCGCCGACCAGUCAGAGGACGACUCAGUCUUCACGGAUGAGAAAGACCAGUCAUCUACUGAGUAUGUGAAAGGUUAUCCCCCUAACUCACCGUACAUCGGGAGCUCGCCCACCUUGUGCCAUCUGUUGGCUGAAAAAGCCCCGUUCUGCUGCCUACGACUGGACCAGGGCUGCAGGCACAACAGUUUUGAGGAUGCUAAGGCGUAUGGUUUUAAAAACAAACUCAUCAUAGUGUCGGCUGAGACUGCCGGGAACGGCCUCUACAACUUCAUAGUGCCUCUCAGAGCUUAUUACAGGCCCAGGAAAGAGCUCAACCCCAUCGUCCUGCUGCUGGACAACCCGCCUGAUAAUCACUUUCUGGAGGCCAUCAGCUGUUUCCCUAUGGUUUACUACAUGGCUGGGACCAUAGACAACCUUGACAGCCUGCUGCAGUGUGGAAUCAUCUACGCAGAUAAUUUGGUUGUUGUGGAUAAGGAGAGUACAAUGAGUGCCGAGGAGGACUACAUGGCCGAUGCCAAAACUAUUGUCAAUGUGCAGACGAUGUUCAGGUUGUUUCCCAGUCUCAGCAUCAUCACGGAGCUCACUCACCCGUCCAACAUGAGAUUCAUGCAGUUCCGAGCGAAGGACUGCUAUUCACUGGCUCUCUCCAAGCUGGAGAAGAAAGAGCGCGAUAAAGGCUCCAACUUGGCCUUCAUGUUCCGACUCCCCUUCGCUGCAGGCCGAGUGUUCAGUAUCAGCAUGUUGGACACGCUGCUCUAUCAGUCUUUCGUGAAGGACUACAUGAUCCUUAUUGCGAGGCUGCUGCUGGGACUGGACACCACUCCAGGAUCAGGGUACCUCUGUGCUAUGAAGGUGAGUGAGGAGGAUCUGUGGAUCAGCACCUAUGGACGACUUUUCCAGAAACUCUGCUCCUCUAGUGCCGAAAUUCCCAUCGGGAUCUACCGGACAGAAUCGCACAUUUUCUCUUCGUCUGAGUCUCAGGUGUCAGUCAGUGUGGACGACUGCGAGGACACCAAGGACAAGGGGGACGAGGCCCGCAGCAACGACCAGUCCGAUCACCCCCUGCUGAGGAAGAAGAGCAUGCAGUGGGCCCGGCGGCUCAGUAAGAGAAGCGGCAAGUGGCAGGGGGUGAGCCGGGACUCGAGCAGGGACCACGCCCAGCGCAUCGCCCAGCAGCGCCUCAACCUGUACCGACGCUCCGAGAGGGAGGAGCUGUCCGAGCUGGUCCGCAACCGCAUGAGGCACCUGGGCCUCCCCACCUCCGGAUAUGAUGAACAGAACGAUCAUCAAAACACCCUCUCUUAUGUCCUGAUAAACCCUUCUCCGGACACCAGGCUGGAGCUCAACGACAUCGUGUACCUGAUUCGUUCGGACCCUCUGGCCCACGUCCCUGAUGAACCCCCCGCCCACAGCAGCAGCCUGAAGGAGAUGCACGAGUCCGGCCUGGACACCAGAGGGGACACGCAGCUCUAAUGGCACGCUGACCUUCACCGGUACACUUACGCCUCCACACCACCCCCCGCACUGUUCAGUGGGGUGGGGUGGGGUGUGGGGGGGUCUGGUUGUGUCCACACGGGUCCAGACUGACAGAGGACAACCUGUGGCAUAACGUUUCAGAGCUGCAGUCUACAGCUGUAUAAUAUGAGUGCCUACUCCUCGGCAGAUGACAGUUUGACGUCAUCUGUGACAUUUUCAUGAUAAACAGUUUGUAGGAAUGGUGGUUUCUGUGAGAGCUCGCUCCAGUGGACAGUCGAGGACGCACUUGUUCUCAAUCGAUUUAACUAUUUCAGUCAGGUCGCCUGCAAGUUAAACUGAUAGGCCAAACAAAAGAAUUAAGGUCACAGGAACUGUCAUUUCUCAAGAGAAUUAUAACUUUUCUCUUUUCGAAUGUUUGCUCCCUCAGAGAAAGUGGAACCUCACCAUCAGAGGUUGCAAAUAUGAGGAUUUUCCGUCUCAUCUUUACUUUUUGAGAUGACCUAAAAAACCACAUGCAGAUAUUCUAAACUUACCUGAACCAUACUCUUACCUAUAUACCAUUAAAAAACCUUCAACACAACGUGACUUAAAUAAAAUGUGCAUUUAAAGCUUUUAUUUGAAGCCUACUUUUGUAGCUGAACUAUAGAAGUAGUAGUAGUAGCAGCGUCUACAAACACUGGUGGUAUCUUUAUAUGUUUGCUGUCUGAGGUUGGAUGAGGUUUUUGAACGACUAGAGCUUAGUUCAAUCCUUUUAACCAUAUUCCAUGCCAUAUAUAUUCAGUAUUGUGACAUAAAGGUUUCAUUUGAUUUUGUACUACAGUAUAUUAGUAAUCAGAGAACCUCAUUCCACUUUCACCACUGCUCAGUGAUUUGUGGCUGUGUGGCUGAGAUCUCUAUUUUUAAAAUGUUACAUCUUGUACACAAGAGUUUCGGAUUGAAACUUUAUGACUUGGUAUAAUUUAAAUGUUGAAAAUAUUUGUAGGUUAGUUUAAUUUGACAGCCAUUUGCACAUUAAAAUGCUACAAUAAGAACAAAGCACAUUAGAAUUGAUUGAGUUGUCUAAUAAUUUAGUCUUUGAAUUGAUAUAUGCCUUCAACUUCGGUAUGGCAAUUUGAAGUCAUAGUUAUAGAUAGUUUAGUUGAGAUUUAUGCAUUAAUAAACAGGUUAUAUAUCCUCUGUUUAAUCCUCAUUAGAAAGAAUAAACAUUUAAUGAGGAAUUAAACAGGUCUACAAUACGCCAGGGUUAAUUAUUUGAUAUUAUGUAGAGGGGUGGGGUAUGACCCAAGGAAGCAGGACCAGGCAUUUCUUUGACCUUCAAAAUUGUGUGUUUUUCAAAAUCUUUCAUUAAGUACUCAAAAAACUAUUUAUGGACCUUGAUUUAAAAAGAAAAUGAAAAAUGAAUCUUGUGACUUUAAAUGUGGUUUUAUAAGGGGACUGUUGGACUUUGGCGGAGGUAUGAGCUCGACUCCAUGUCAUUUGGUUCAUGUAAUGAUGUUUUAGGACUUUGUGUAGACUGCCAGAGGUGAACAUAUAUCACUAAUCUGAGGUGUUGUACAAACCUUCCCCAAGGAUAGAGAAUCAAAACAGAAACAUAUAUUAUAAAAGCAGCUGGUAAAUUCUAAUGCCACCUUUCCUUCAUGUAUACAGAGUGAGUUUGCUGAGGUGAGUAAUCACAUAAUCCUCAAAAAGUUUCAUCAGCAUCAUGUUGCCAAAAAUUCCCUGCAUUAUUCAGGUGCAGCAACCAGUUAGUUUUUUGUGCCAUUGUGGCACAAAUAUUUUUUUUUUAAAUACUUUUAUUUUCUUGAAGUGUCAUUUUGGAAACUCUCCGACUGAUUGAUAACGAGAGAAGUUUUUAACUUCAUCAAGAAGGUUCUUGGUCAAAUUCCUGACUAAUGUAUGAUGCCAAAAUGUUUUGAUGCUGCUCAAAAUACACUUUGAA